AUGGCUGCUUCUGAAGAAAAAAACAAAGGGAUACAAAAAGCAAUACUUUCAGUAGCGAUCAUAAUCUGCAUAGGCUACGCUUUCAUAUGGGUCAUGCUUCCUACAAAGCUUUACAGACAAUCAUGGCAACCCAAGAUCAGAGCUCAAACCAAUUCCACUUACUUUGGAACUCAAGGUGCAACAAUGCUACUUUACACAUUUCCUGUUCUACUUGUUGCUGCAUUGGGAUGCCUAUAUCUCCACGUGGGGAGGAAUUCCAGUCACAGUAGUACCAAUAAAGCUGAUGAGAAAAUACAGGGAUUGUCGGAAUGGAAGAGGCCAGUGAUAAUCAAAGUACUAGGAAUUGUUUCUUGGAUUGAGUUGGCCUUCCUCGUCAUGUUCAUUGCGCUCCUAGUUUGGUCUUUCUCAAAUUACUUGUCUAUCAGCUUUGCUAGCAUUACCCCAAAGUCUGCAGCAAGGACAGGCGAAAAAGUGUGGCAAGCUAAGUUGGAGGCUGCAGGACUAAGGUUAGGCCUGGUGGGAAACAUAUGCCUUUCGUUGCUCUUCUUUCCGGUGACGAGAGGCUCGUCUGUGCUGCCGCUUUUUGGUCUCACAUCGGAGGCUAGCGUCAAGUAUCAUAUAUGGCUGGGCCAUAUUACUAUGGCUCUCUUCACUGCUCAUGGCCUUUGUUAUGUUAUCUUUUGGGCUACAACCCACCACAUAUCCAAGAUGUUGGAAUGGGUAAAUACAGACAUCUCAAACUUGGCCGGAGAGAUAUCUCUAGCGGCGGGAUUGGGGAUGUGGGCUACAACAUUCCCAAGCAUAAGGAGGAAGAUGUUUGAGCUCUUCUUCUACACUCAUUACCUCUACAUCCUCUUUGUCAUAUUCUUUGUCUUCCAUGUUGGCAUUUCCUAUUCUUGCAUUAUGCUUCCUGGUUUCUACCUCUUCUUGGUCGAUCGUUACUUGAGGUUCUUGCAAUCUCGAAAACACGUUCGUCUCGUCUCUGCUCGUCUUCUCCCUUGUGAAACCAUCGAGCUCAACUUUUCCAAAUCACAAGGGCUAAGGUAUACUCCGACUAGCAUCCUGUUUGUGAAUGUGCCUGGUAUCUCAAAGCUACAAUGGCAUCCCUUUACAAUCACUUCUAGCAGUAGUUUGGAGGCUGACCAAGUUAGUGUGAUGAUCAAAGGUGAUGGCAGUUGGUCUAAGAAGCUUUACCAAAUCCUUUCCUCCCCUAAUUCCCCCGAUCGCCUAGACGUCUCCGUCGAGGGACCUUAUGGACCUGCUUCAACUCAUUUUCUAAGGCAUGAUUUGUUAGUGAUGGUAAGCGGAGGGAGUGGUGUAACCCCAUUUUUCUCCAUCAUUAGGGAGCUAAUGCACAAAAGCCAAUCUUCAGAAUCCAAGAUUCCACAGGUUCUUCUGAUUAGUGUGUUCAAGAACUCAUCUGAUCUCACCAUGCUAGACCUCAUCCUCCCCAUAUCAGGUGCACAAUCAGAGCUUUCCAAAUUGAGGAUACAAAUUGAGGCCUAUAUAACCAGAGAGAAACAACCACCGGCUCUAGAAAACAACAAGAAUAAUGUGCAGAUCAAAUGGUUCAAAUCCAACCACACAGAUCAACCCAUGACUCCAAUCCUAGGCCACAACAACUGGCUCUGGCUUGGAGCCAUAAUCUCUUCUUCUUUCAUACUUUUCCUAAUAUUGUUGGGGCUCAUUAUCAGAUAUCACAUAUACCCCAUUAACCAAAGGACUGAUAACGACUACCCAUACUGGAAAAAGGCGGUUUUCUUCAUGCUCUUCAUAUGCAUCAGUAUAGUCAUCGCAGCCACUGCUGGGUUUCUUUGGAACAAGAGAAACAUCAAUGCCAAGGAGGCCAAACAAAUUCAGAACGUCUCUGGGGCUUCUCCCAAUUUUCAGUGGUCUUAUAAUGCUGAAAGAGAGAUGGAGAGUUUGCCUCAACAGUGGUUAGCUCAACAUACCAACGUGCACUUUGGUCAAAGGCCAGAUCUAAAGAGAAUGUUGCUUGAGCACAAGGAGGAGAGUGUUGGAGUUCUUGUGUGCGGACCAAAGAAGUUGAGACAUGAUGUUGCAAAGAUAUGCACUUCUGCUUCGUCUGCCAACCUUCAUUUUGAGUCCAUUAGCUUUAGCUGGUGAUCUCCUGAGGAAGAAAGAAAAAUGUUCUGUUCUGUUUUGUGGGUGUGUGUGUAACUGUGUAACUGUGUAACUGUGCUUUUUAAUGCAAGAAAAAAGUGGCUCU